CAAUGACCACCCCCAAACAAUCGCAGUCUGGGUCGCCUGUGUCUGCUCGUGGGUCGUUUCUGGGGCGACGGUGGUUUCAAUUGUCCUGCAAUUCAAAAGAGAAGCAUGACGAUGGAUAUGAAUGAAACUCGAAUCUCCAUCAUCAUCAGUCGCUGAAAGCUUAGGGACUAGAGGAGGCCCAUCGAGGUGGAAGCACCACGUGCUUUGGCUCCUUUCCGCCAUGUUCGGACCCGAGAUGCCCGUCGGCGAUUACCUGCUUAGCCUCGGAGGCUGGUCAGACCCAUGGACAGGGCCUUUGCUCAGCCUGCGCCGCUGACAUACGGUGCUCAGUGGCCGCGCUGUUAGGUGCCAGGCCGGAGGUCCGAAUGGGCUCUGCUGAUUCCAAGCGGUUUUCAGCCGGUCCCGAUUGUUAAGUUACUUGAUUUCCAUCCCAUCGCCUUCUUUCUUGGUGAGCCCCUAGUCCAAGAUCGACUUCGUCGAGGGGCUCUGUGUUUGUGAAUCGGAUCGAAUCAAUACCGUGUCACCCUCCCCGAUAAACGCCCCUUUCCCCCACACGAUGCCUCACCCCACCGCCGACCCGACGCUGGCCCUCCCCCGCAUCCUCUGCCUGCACGGCGGCGGCGUCAACGGCGACGUGUUCCGCCUGCAGAUGCGCGCCGUGGCCUCGCGCCUCUCGGGCCGCUUCCGCCUCGUCUUCGCCGACGGGCCCUUCAUCUGCCCCGCCCACCCGGCCGUCGCGGCCGUCUACGGCAGCCACGGGCCCUUCCGCCGCUGGCUGCGCUGGCUGCCCGAGCACCCCGCCGUCGACGCCGAGACGGCCGCCGCCGAGGUCCGCUACCAGCUCCGCACCGCCAUGGAGGACGACGACCGCGCCGGCGCAACGGGCGAGUGGGCCGCCCUGCUCGGCUUCAGCCAGGGCGCAAAGAUCGCCGCCAGCCUGCUGCUGGCCCAGCAGGCGCUCGGGGAGAGGGGGGUCGCCCCCGCACCCGGCGGCCCCGAGGGGGUGCGGUGGCAGUUCGGCGUCGUCAUGGCCGGGCGCGCGCCGCUCGUGUGCCUGGACGAGGGCAUGGGCAGCAUACGGGGCGUGCAGGAGGCUUCGGGCAUCGGCGCCGAGUUCAAAGACUGGGCCGAGACGGGCGCCGGCGCUGGGGACCAUAUCCUCCGCAUCCCGACUAUACACGUUCACGGGCUCAAGGAUCCCGGCUUGGGGCUGCAUCGGCGUCUGCUCAACGAGUACUGCGGGAAGGAGUCGGCACGGCUGGUCGAGUGGGAUGGGGACCACAGGAUCCCCAUCAAGGGGCCGGAUGUCCAAGCCGUCACGGCUGAGAUACUGGGGCUUGCGGACGAACUCGGGAUCGAGAGGUGAUUAUGCUGUGGUAGUGGCAUUUCGUUGGUGUCUUGUUCCCUGUCAUCCGGAUAGAAUACCUAGAUUUGUUAUUUUCUUCCGUCCUUCCUCGGUAACUAAUACUCUUGGAACGACCCGUGAACUCUUUUCGUGGCAGC